UCUAGGGUCGGGGUAGUCCACCUGGAUCUAUCUGCAGCGCAUGCGUCUCAGAACUCACCCUCGCCCUCCCUUUUUCCAGAGUGUGAUACUUCGCUGUGAUGUCAUCGGCUGCCAUGAAGUCCGGCAAGUUAGAACAAGUUCAGCGCUAGCCUGAAGAGGAGGCGGAGCCAUAGGGUGCUGGGGAGAGCUGGGCACAGUCCCAGCUGGAGAGUACGAAUAAUUUCAGCCUCCCAGACGCGGCUGCAGCACUCUCCAGCAACAAGGCAGAGGUAGGAAAGGGUUGCUUCAGCACCGCCCCGCCUCCCCAGUUGCUUCUAGGACUGGAGCCCCUUUCAUUAGCAGAGGCAAGGAAAAGUUUUGCUUAUGAGAGUCACUCCUAGAGUCCUUAUGGGAGCGGAAAGCUGCGACUAACCAGUCCUCCGGUCUUGCGAAUCCACGGGCCACUGAGACGAAAAGGGGCGUGGGGGGUUGGGGGGCUGGAAACCCACUUAUAAGCUCUGACUCAGCACAAGGGAAUUACAGGAAUAAGAGAAAGAGAAAAACAACCCUCUCCAGGAAGGAGCGAAGGCGCUGAAGAAGGGAAGAAGGAAAGAGAAGUACACAGAGUGGGCAUUGCAAUAUCCAGUCGAAACAUUCCCGGGUUCUGAAAUGACAGAAAAAUCAGAAGAAAGGUGUCUUUGCCUCAACAGCUAUCUGGACCUAACAAGUGUCGCUGCCUGUGGGCAAGUAAAACUGUUGCAGGAGCUCCUGGCAGCCGGAGCAGAUCCCAACGGAGUCAAUCGCUUUGGGAGGCGGCCCAUUCAGGUCAUGAUGAUGGGCAAUGUUGGAGUGGCAGAGCUCCUACUGAAGCAUGGAGCAGAUCCUAACAUCCCUGACCCAACCACCCUCACCCUACCAGUCCAUGAUGCUGCCCGAGAAGGUUUCCUGGACACUCUGAUCUUGCUUCAUCGUGCAGGAGCCCGUUUGGACAUUGGCGACUCUCUGGGCCGCCUCCCCUUGCACCUAGCUCAGCAGCAAGGACACCACCAAGUUACCUUAUACCUUCAAGCAGUGACAGGGGAUUGAAAGCGAUGAUGGAAGUGAUCCACCCUCAGGACUUUUCCUUCUCCCCUUGACAGCUCCAAAUAGACUGAAGAGUACCUAGAAGGUGACUGAGAGCAGCUCCCAACAUACUCCCUUUGGCACCUUCUCAGAUGAGAUGGCAAGUCUUUAGUACUGAGAUCCAGCCAGCCCCAAAUUCCCAGAAUAAGGUGUAUCAACACCCUCAACUAUUUCCUUGACUUUCUCAGUUUACAGAAAAGGCAAAGUAGAAAUGAAGAAGCAACUUUUAUGGGGCAGGAUUUCCCAUCUGAAGACUUAAGAGCAGAGGAGAAAAUCUGCAAAUGUGAAACUUAUAAAUCUAUCAUUUGUGAUGGAAAGUCAAUGGGGUGGUGGGAAAAGGAUUUUUUUUUCUCUGAAGGUGGGGGAUUGUAGUCCAAGGAGUAUGAAAAACCUUCACUGGAAUGCAGAGUCUGGUACUACUGUUGGAGCCUUCCCUAGUGUAAAAUUGGAAGGGGUGGAGAGGAAGAAAGUUUCAGCGAUGCAGAUAGAUAUUUGAAAGAGAUAAAUUCUAUUCCGUGGUGGUAAGGGAGUCACAGAUGGCAAAUAGAACUGGCAUGCUCACACUGCAGGAGUAAGAUUUCUUUAAUUUGAGUGGAAGCAGAGGGGAGGAGAAUAUUAGAAGUCAUAAAUUUGCCUGUAAACUUUAAAACCCAAGAGUUGCUCUGACAGAUGGCUCUAUGAAAUGGUAUGGCCAAUAUUUGUGUGUUUUGAGUCCCUGAAGGCAAUAGCACCUCAAAGAUUUUUGGCCAGGGUGCAAGAGUAGAGUGAAAAAUAUAAGAGUUUAGGGGACAGUUUUUUUUUUUUAAGAUUCUUCAAAACCCAAGCUAAAUGUAUUGAGAAAGUGCUAUAGCAUCACGUAAACAGAUCAAAUGUAUGCCUAAAAUAUCAAUGUUAAUUUUACUAUAGUGUUCAGAUAUCAAGGAAUUCAAAGGAGCCCUCAGGGAAAAGGUUUCUGUUAGAACUGCAUUAUUGCAACUUUUGUACUAGUUUAAAUUGAGAUAAUAGAUCUCUUUACAAUUCUAUUAAACCCACCUGGAAGCCAACAUCUGAAUUCAAGAUUCAAACCCACCUUUGUGAUCCUGGGCAAGUUAUUUAAUCUCUCAGUACUCUAAGCAACUCUAAGACAAAAAGUUGUUGUUUCCUUUAGUGGCAGAGACAAUGUUAAUCUGCAUAAGUAAAAGGAAUUUCCUUAUGGGGGGAGCUCCCAAAGCCUGGGAAAUCACUGAUCUAGCGGCUACCCCUUUCCUAGUCUUCAGUUAUUUUCUAAAAAUAAAUAAAUAAAUUUCUUAUGGGCAUGUCUAACGGGAUGUAGUUAAAAUACCACUUAAACAUUAUAAAUAUGGUUUAGAGCACUGAUGAAUUUACUCAAUAAAAUCAUCCCAGCAUUCACUUACUAGGUUUCUUAGUGGAAAGACAAUAUUUCCUUAUACAUCUGCAGGGAAGAGUAAUGAUUGUAAAAGUUGCUGAAAAUUUCAUUGCACUUGGAAUGGCUUGGAAUGAUUGGCAUAUGAUACUUUGCCUUUUAAUGCAUAGACUUCAGAUGUAUGGCUUCCAGGUUUAAAUGUUCGUUGCAGAUUGAUUCAAAAACACAACAGCUGAUACUUCUUAAAGCUUAAUUAUAGGGCCUAAGACACAAAGUAGAUCACAUGGUGUUAAAGGAAACUGGGUACAAAGUGAGGGGGUAUAAAUUCACUAUUGCUUAAAGAAGAUAUGAAGAUCCUGUAUUUUGCACCAUACUACAAACAUAUUUUCAAAAUAUUUGCAUGUUUAGAAAUGUGUUCAUUUUGUGACGAUUUAGUUCAUUUUUUAAAAAACAAGCAUGCUAGCAAGUGACUAGGCAAUGUGACUUAUAAAAAAUGAUCUGACAAGUAAAAAUGGAAAUAAAACAUUUAUUUAGUUAAUAAAUCUAUUUCACUUCUAAUAUCUCAAGUCAUUGUACAUAAUACAUUUAAACAGGGAGAAAAUUUUCAGGAUAAACCAGUCAAGAAGGAAUAUAAAGAGUAAGAAAUUAUCUCUUUAAAUGUGAAGUCUCUACUUUCUCCGGCUGAUCUGUUUGGUCGAAGUCUUGGCAAGUCCACUUGGGAGACUCAAUGAAUUUUAUAGGCCACAAUCUGCUUUAUUCCAUAUUGUUGUUUGUUUGUCAUCACAGUGCUGUUCAAUAUCCACUUUAAUUUUUUAAGUUUAUUAAAUUUUGGACAAAUACUUUCAAAUUUUUUCUAUAGUUUCAUUAACCUGGAUAGAAGAUUUUUUAAAGACCAAAUUCUCUCUAUCUCUAACUCUUGUCUCUCUUUCUUUCACUCUCUCCCUCUCAGUACCCUAGACAACCCUCUAAAGCUGUAAGUAGCAAAGAAGGCUCUGACCUGAAUUGGUAGAGGGAGUUUCUUCACCCAGAAGCUGCCUGUAACAAUGAAUUCUAUAAGUCUAGUCCCUAAUUCUAAAUUGGGGAAGAUAUGGGAGAAAAGUGUGCUUUGCAAAUCCAAAGAAAUUAAUAUUAUCUUGCCAUUUAUAUCCAAAAUUCCAAGAAACCAGAAUUUAGUAGCUGUAUAAUGCUGUAUUUUUUUUUUUAUUAAACCCUUACCUUCUGCCUUAAAAUCAAUACCACGUGCUAGUUCAAAGGCAGAAGAGGGGUAAAGGCUAGGCAAUGGGGGUUAUGACUUGCCCAGGAUCACACCCCUAGGAAGUGUCUGAAGUCAGAUUUGAAUUUAGGACCUCCCAUCUCUAAGCCUGGCUCUCAAUCCACUGAAAUACCCAGCUGUUCCCAUAAUGCCAUAUUUAAAUUAAAAAAAAAAACACCUCGAGGAAACAUGAAAUAACUACAAGCCUAUAUACAAACUAUUUCAUGCAUAAGCCAGCAAAACUUUCUUACAGUUAUUUCUAGUGAGUAGCUAGAAAUGAAAGUAAAACCAAAGUAAAGUUACUCCCAUACACGAUAAUGUUGAAGUUUGUGGGUUUUGUAAGUCAAAUAUAUUUUACUAAGACCAAAAAGAUUGAGAAAAAUGAACUAUUUAGGCAAUAUUCAUUUCUCUGAAUCAGUAACUUAGGGGCCUAUAAGAAUUAUUCCAAGAUUCUUAGCAAAUAUCUAUAGAAUAGUUUAAAUAGAGAGGAGAGUCUGGCUCAAGGUAGUUUAUCAGAUUUAUAAAACAAGGCUUAAUCUUAAAACCUAAAAGUGCACCUAGACUUUUGGAUCACUCGGUAUAUAUUACAAUGGGUUUGCUUUAGACUUGCUUUCAUUCCUAAAAUACCCCACUGCCCAACCACUUACUAAGCCAAAAUGAGUUGUACUUUUUAAAAAUAGGUCAGAUGAGUAAUGUAACUCCAAAAAGUUUGUGGUUCAUAAACCCAGUCUUAUUUUGAUCUAAAUAAUAUACAAUGAAAUAAAAACAUUGAUAUUAUUUCACAUAUUUCAUAUAUGUACUAUUUGGAAGAUUAUCCUAAAUUUUUGAAAGAAGAAUGUUAUAAUCUUACUGUACUAACAGUAUGUUUCUUCAAAUAUCUAUUAUUUCACUAUGAAGCUAAUGUCAGGAUUUAUGGAUAUUAAACAAUAGCAUAAUUAAUUGCUUCUUCAUUAGUCUUCAAUUUCAUAUUUUAAUUCAAUAAUUCAAGAUUUGGGAAUAAAAAACUACAAAGAAAUCCUGCCCUUUGGAAAUUUAUAAUCUC